AAUUACAAAUUCUUAAGGUAAUUAUUUGUACAAAUCUUUCUCGCAAGAUUACGUUACUUUUCUAAAAGCCACAAUAUUAUUUUUAUAAAUUAUACAAUUUAUCCGAUUUAUUUCUUGCUAAUUGCAAUCCGAAUCACGCGAUAAUUGAACAUGACUUAAUUUUGGGAAAAAUUACAUGAAAAUUUUCAAAGAGCGUGCAGAACACGCAUUCACAAUCGAAGUUGUCUAACUCGUCUAAUCGUAAUUUGCGGUGCUCGCGCGGUUUUAGAGCUUAAUCAUUUUGAGCACUCGUCACGGAAUCCACGAUACGUCCAAUUUGGAAGUGUGUUGCGUAAUAGGGAUUAUAGGCCUUCCUCGUCGCGAUAUCCGCUCCUCUCUCUAUCUUUCGCCUUGAAACAACACGCUUCAGCCUCGCCUCGGUUGCAAUGCACGAUACCGUCCGUUUGUAUCUAAUCUCCCUGGCGAAACGUAUGCAACGCGACGAGUAAAUAUUGUACUCCCAAUAGGGGAUACUUUCGGCGUGGGUCGAUGUAUCGGCUAUUAAUACCGUUCGCUCCGGUUAGUGUUAUUCGGAGUCUCCGGUCGCUCGACAAACCCAAAACGCGUCGUCUCUCCCCGGAAAUAUCCCUGGAAAAAUAUCGCACCGAGUAAAGAUUAUAUUUAUUCGUACAUAUAUAUUCUUAUUUUAAUCGGUAUCUCUAUAUUUAUUUAUAAAAUUGUCGUAUUGUCCUCUUUUCUCUUCUCGUGACUCUAUUAUUCCCUGGUGGUGAAAUCAAAGAAACUAAGAGAGGAAAAAUCAUGCGGCUCCGAUCGCCGAUGCUUCUUCUGCUUCUUCUCUCGCUCGCGAUCGCGCAAGAAGUCGAGGACUGUCAACAUCAGGGUGUCGACGACGAGUUGAUCUGGGAGUAUGACGUCAGAAGACCGCAUCGAAUCGGUGGUUAUCAAGAAGUAGAAGCGGAUUACGGUCCGACGAACGUGCGAAUCACAUGCAUACGACACAACUCGUUGUCCGACGAAGAUAACGGGGCGAUAUGGAUUACUUCCGGCGGAAUCGGACACGACUUUGUCAAGCUAAAAUUCAGAUCCAAAUUUUCGCGGGGCCUUCACUACAGAGUCUUCGUUUACGGACAGCCUACGUCGAGAAGAGGCUCGCUAUCCUCAUGACGUCAUUCUCUGAAACCUUCGCAAAUCUCACCAUAUUUAAUCCUCUCAUUCGCUAUUUUAUAAAUUAUAUAGAUAUUUAAUCUGUUUAAAUGUGUGCAUUUUUUUAACAUUGUUGCAUUUGCAAAAAAAGCUUAAAAUUUGUAACAGCAUAGAACACUAGUUUUAUUGGAAUAAAAAUAUUUAUUUAGUAGGAAGAAAAGGUAUUAUUAACAGAGAUAAUAUGAUAAUAUGUACAUUUGCGUGUCACAGUGGAAAGAUUAAAUAUGGCACGCGCUUCGAUUUGUCUUAAAUACAAUCAUCGUAAUUUGUACCACUGUAUACGAAUCCUCGAUUGACGCUGUCAUUCGCUGUCGGAAUAAAUCCGGAGAUUUACCACC